AUGCAAUCAUCUAUUAGCGAAUAUUGUGCAACAAUUUAUAAUCAAAGACAAACAAUCACAUCUGAACAAGUUAAGCCAAUAUUUGAUUCUAUUGUUGAUGAACUAAAUGAUGAGAAUUAUCAUCCAACUACUGAUGAUUAUUGUAAAAUAAUUGAUACAUUAAAACCGAUUUCCUGUUUCAUAUUACUCGACCAAUCAAUUGCUAAUAAUGAAAUUUUUCAUUUGAUACGCAAUCGUCUAAGUAAUAUAUUAAAUCAAUGGUCUCAAGAUGACACUAGUUUAACUGAUCGAGAUGAGUGUUUAUUUCGAGAAAUAGUUGAUUUUUUUAGGACAAUGAUAAAACAUUUGAGAACUACAAAUCAAGUUUCAUCAUCAAAUUUUAAAACAUGGUUUUUAAAUGAAUCUUUUUUCAAAACAAUAACUACGACAUUAGAGGACAUACCUCUACAUUCCUCUAAAUAUUUAAAUCAAGAUCAAAAUAUGACAAGUUUCAUGAAACUAAUAGAAUCAAUUCAAUUUUUUCAAGCCGGUAAUGAUCAUAUUAGAAAUAAUCCAAAUAUAUUACUGUUACUUAAUUCCAUAACAAAAUGUCUUUGUUCUUCAACUUAUAUUGAAACAUUAAAAAAUAUCGAUAUUAAAUCAGAAAAACGCAAUGAAUUUGAAAAUUUUAUUCUCGGAAGGUGUCCUAGUUUUUGUGCUUGGUUUAGAGGAAAAUUUCAAAUAACAAUGAUCGAUGGAUUAUGUCUAAAUAAUAUGUUAAAAUCUUAUCAAGAAAUCUAUGAUUUAUUUUUACCAUCAAUAAAUGAUUGGGAAUAUGCUUUAAUGGAAUCAAUUUAUUGCAUGACAGCAUUAUUACGUUAUGUUGCUUUUUAUCCUUCAACCCGAAAAUAUUUGAAAGCAAAUUUAAAAAUUAUUGAUUCAAUGUUAAUUAUAUUAAAUUCAAAUUGUUUACUUGAUAAUAUAUUAAAAACAAUUGAUUAUAAUUCCAAAACAAAUCUAACUGAUUCAGCUAUUUCAUUUAUAUUUAAUUUAAUCAAUGAUUUCAAUAUGUUAACAAUAAUUAAAGAAAAUUCAUUUUUUUCUAAAGAAAUCUUUCUUGGAUUAAAAAAUGCUCAAGUUGAUCGAGUUAAAUUACAUGCUUUGAUGAUUUUAUCUAAAAUACUUAAUGAACAGGAUAUUGCCAAUUUAGAUGAUAUUGAAGAAUUAACAUCGGUUUUUAUGGAGUAUUUAUCGAAAGCUAUGAAUGAUUCAUGUUGUAGUUUUCAAGAUGUUCCCGUUGAAAGUUUAUUGAUAUGUUUAAAAGCAUUUAUUCAACACGAUGAAAUAAAAGAAGAAAUAGCAAAACAAAAUUAUUUUAGUUUAUUAAUAAGAUGUGUCACACAAAACAAUCUUCAUGUUGGCUUAGUUUUACAAAUUUCAUUGGAAAUCAUCUGGUCAUUAACAUUUAAUAAUCGAAUUCGUGAAAUGUUAAUCAAUAAUUAUGAGCCUUUUUUUGUUUAUUUAAAAGAAAUUCUUGUUAAUUCAACCGAAGAAGGCGUUCAAGCAGCUGCCAAAGGAAUUCUAUGGAAAUUAGCCAAUGAUUCUAGUCCAAGAAAAAGUAUUGGUGAUAUAGAUGAAAAUAAUACAUCUGGUAAAAAAUAUGAUAUUAUGAUAAGUUAUAGUCAUUCAAACAAAGAUGUAUGCCAUCAAAUCUAUCAGAAUUUAAUCAAUUUGAAAUAUAAUGUUUGGCUUGAUUUUAAAAAUAUGCAAGAAAAUACACUUGAAUCGAUGGCGAACGCCAUUGAAUCAUCAGAAAUUAUUCUUGUUUGUAUGUCAAAUCCGUAUAAAGAAAGUCCCUAUUGUCAAUCAGAAGCUCAAUAUGCAUAUACAAGUCAUCGUCAUAUUAUUCCAUUGGUUGUGGAAAAUAAAUAUCGACCUGAUGGAUGGUUAGGAUUUAUUUGUGCUUCGAAAGUCUAUGUUGAUUUUACUAAAACUGAUUUUGAACAAGCAUUUCAAAAAUUAAUAUCACAAAUUCAACAUCAUCGACAAAAGAACACUAUAAUCUCGCCGCCUUCAGCAAUGAAUCAUGAAAUGAAAGAACCAGUUAGUCAUGACGAGGGUACAACAUCAACUAUUGAGGUCCAACCAAUUACUAGUGAACAACAUACUCGGAUCGAAGAACAAGAAAACGUUUCAAGCGAUGAAAACAAUUAUAAUUGCCGGUAUAUGGAAUGGUGGACGCAUGAAGAUAUCUUAAAUUUUCUUCAUGAUAAAAAAUUAGAAAUUAUAAAACUUCUAUUUGAAAAUGAGCAACAAUUCGAUGGUCGUUCAUUGUACGCAUUGUAUGAACGAUGCCAAUCAAAUGUUGAAUCAAAUUAUCAAUUAUUAAAUUCACAAUUAAAUUACAAUCAUAAUGAUAAUUUGCCAUAUGUUACUUACAUUCGUUUCAUCAGUGAAGUACGAAAACAAUUGAAUCCAAUUGAUAUAAAAUGUACCAUACGUUAUUUUUUUUGGUACAUAUUGAAAAACAUUCAUCAAAAGUUUUUUUCACACAUCGAAUAA